UUUUCCGGUGCCACCAGACUGAUGUCUCUGGAUCAUGUGAAGCGGAGGAAAUAUCCCUGGGGGUGUGUUUGAUUAGAAAAACGGUCAAUUCACAUGAAAUUUUCAGCUGAUCGAACAACCAAGUGUGAUCCCCAUGAGGUCUGCAUCCAGACAGUGAUCAUGAACUCUAGCAGUGAAGCUCCAUUCACCAACCCCACAGACUGCGCUGAGGUUCAGGUCCCCAGUCAGGUGUUCCUGGCCAUCGCCGUUGCCAGUCUGAGCGAGAACCUCUUGGUGAUUUUGGCCGUGAUCAAAAACAAGAACCUUCACUCUCCCAUGUACUGCUUCAUCUGCAACCUGGCAGUGUUUAACACCAUCUCCAGCUUCUCUAAAGCAUUGGAAGACAUCCUGCUGUUGUUUAAAGACGCCGGACACCUGAACUCCCGUGGCCCUUUUGAGCUGAAGAUAGAUGACAUCAUGGACUCUCUAAUCUGCAUGUGCUUCCUGGGCUCCAUCUUCAGCAUACUCGCCAUAGCCGUGGAUCGAUACAUCAGCAUAUUCCACGCUCUACGCUAUCACAUGCUUAUGACCAUGCGUCGCGUGAUGGUUAUUUUGACGGCUAUCUGGGUGUUGUGUGGUAUCAGCGGAACGCUCAUGAUCGGUUUCUUCGUGGCCACCACGGUGAAAAUCUUCUUCGUUGUGCUCUUCUUCACAGCUCUGUUCCUGAUCCUCUUGUUAUACGUGCAUAUGUUUCUGUUAGCGCGCCACCACGCCAACAGGAUCGCUUCUAUGCCGGGUGCCCAGGCACGUCACAGGCAAAGUGGCUUGAGGGGGGCGCUGACGCUCACCAUCUUGAUUGGAGUGUUUGUGGCCUGCUGGGCUCCUUUCUUAUUUCAUCUUCUGAUCAUGAUGAUUUGCCCAGAGAACCCCUACUGUGAGUGCUACCGCUCGCUCUUCCAGUUACACGUAGUGCUCCUGGUGAGUCACGCGGUCAUUGAUCCAGCCAUUUACGCUUUCCGUAGCACGGAGCUGCGCAAUACCUUCAAGAAAAUGUUCCUGUGCUCAGCUUCAAGGAUCUGGAAACAGUGUGUCUGAGUGAAGGCCCCGAUAUGUACUCACGAUUCUAUUUCCUUCUUCGCUUAGGGGUAAAAAGAAGUUUGAAAUACCUUU